AUUAGGGAUAUUUUAGUCAUUUGUGUCGGCAAAACUAAAGUUCGGCCUUGGUUAACGGUUUUUAGAUGAAAAUUUUAACAAAAAGGCAUGUUUGAUUAUUUUUACAAAGUACAUGGACAUGUUUGACGUAAAAAAUAGUAGAGGGACAUGUUUGAUAAAACGUCAUAGUAGAGACACGUAUUAUACCUAUAUCCAAAAAAUAACACAAACAAUCCAUACAACAUCCAUCCAAAGGGCUAGCACAAAGCUUGUAGUUAUCCAAAACUAAACUCAGGCCCAGUGAAAUUACACAAUGGAGUCAAACAAUUGAUGAUUAAGAAUGUUCAAAUGGACAAGAAAAUAAAAAGUACUCAUGAGUUAUGAGUGAUUUCCAUAAUUUGUUCGGUUGGGGGUCUUCUUAAUCUUAUUUUAUUAUAAGCUAACAAUUUAAUCAUUAUUACGUGUUUUCCUCUUUCUGAAAGUCCAACUAUGCAAAUCUUUAAUUCACUCGUUUUCUGGGUUUCUUGUCUUCCUCAUAUUUCAGAAAUGCGUCUCCUUUCCCUUUCUCCAUCUCUCCCUCUCUCUAUCCAUGUGGUUCUAGCGAGUCUUCUCCCAACUGCUCUUUCCUAGUUACUUCCCUUUCUCUCACUAAAAAUUCCCAGUUAUUUCCUUUUCGUUUUUUCCUCUUCUGGGUUCCCUUUCCCCUCUUAUCCCCACUUCCUGCUCCUCUUCAUGUGAUCUCGUAAGCUUCUCUCUCUUUCUCAUUUACUGUUUCCUGGCCGCCGCCACGGUUUCCUCCGCGUGCUUGUGCUGCUUUCUGUCUCUUGACUGUUCUAGCUUGGUUAUGGAUUUUGGUGCGAUUGGGUUUUCUUAUGGCUGAUGCAGCUGGGGAUUGUUUGGUUUUGGGGAUUGUGGUGGUGAUUUGUCUGGGAUUGCUUUUGCUUUUGUUUAUUUUACUUUUCAUUCAUGAAACCUUAUAUCGCUGUUUGUUACUUGUUCACAACUUUUUUGGGAUUCUUUUCGAUUCUUCAGCUGGCUGGUCAGUAAUUGUUGUGAUUGCCAAUGCUAAAAUGGGGAAUAUUGUUGAUGUUUGAAUGUUUAAGGAGAUCAAGUUCUUGAAUGCUUUCUUUACUUUCAUCAAUGAAAGUUGCAUUGAAGAUUCGGACUUUCCUUUAGAGGAAUAAUUUCUUUCUCUAAUUAAGGGCUUCAUUGGUAUUGAAAAAAGGUAGUUCCUGAACUUCUUGGUGGAUACAGCCUGGGUGAGUUGACUUGCUGUUGUCUGUGAUGGCAAUUAGCAGCUGAUGUUUAACUUCGGUUUUAAAGUUGCAAUCUUUUUGUCUUCUUUCAGUUUGGUUUAUAUGUAUAGAUGCUGAUUGCUGACUGUUGGGGGAAAACAGGGACACACACAGAGUGUUGCUUAUUGGUUUCUUCUUCCUGUGUAUUUUUAUCAGAUUUAGUGGGGGAAAAGAUGGUGGCCGAGUCUUGGUUUCGCAGCUUGUGGAAGAUUCCUCGGAAGCAUGAUAAUGGUCGAGAUAAAGCUUCUCUCGGAGUUUUGGCCCUGGAAGUUUCAAGCUUAAUGUCCAAGGUAGUUCAUCUAUGGCAUGCUUUGAGUGAUAAGCAGAUUUCCAGGUUGAGGGAGGAGAUUACAAAUUCUGUGGGUAUUAAGAAACUAGUCUCUGAGGAUGAAGAUUAUAUCAUUAGGUUGAUAUGCGCCGAGCUGAUGGAGACUGUGGUUCAUGUGGCCAAGUCGGUGGCCCGGCUAUGUAAGAAGUGUGGCGAUCCUACUCUAAAGAGCUUUGAAACGGCUUUCCAAGAACUGGUAAAGAUCGAUAUUGAUCAAUACGGAUGGGAAUUUUCAUUGAAGAAAAUGGAUAAGAAGGUUAAAAAGAUGGAGCGCUUCAUUUCAAUCAAUGGUUCAUUGUACCAGGAGAUGGAGUUACUUGUGGAGCUUGAACAGACAGUAAGAAGAAUGAAGUGCAGUGAACCAAUACCAGAUAGUUUUCCUGACUAUCACAAGAAGCUUUUGUGGAAGCAACACGAAGUGAAAGGUCUUAGGGAAAUGUCACUUUGGAAUAGGACAUAUGAUUAUACAGUUGGCCUUCUAGCAAGAUCGAUAUUCACUAUAUUCCGCAGGAUCAAUCAUGUUUUUGGUUCUAAUACUACGGUGGAUCAGAGACCUGGACGAGUUGUGGAUUCUGAUUACAUUUAUCGCAGCCAGUCGGUUUCUACUAUAUUGCAAUCAUCUGUGCCUCAGUCUGAAAGUAGAAAUAUCCCAAGAUUCUCUUCUGGUCCCCUUGGCAUGUAUGCUGGAAAAUCUGGUCCUCUUCCUAAAGCGAAUAAGAGGAAUGAUUUCCACUCGGGUCCUAUUGGUGGUGGCUUGCCGACAAAGCCUGCACCUAGUACUGAAAAGAAGAAGGGCUUGAAAUUCUUUUCAGGUCCACUUGGAAAGCCGACUUCAAAGUCGGGGCCACUCUAUGAAAUCAGCAAGCUGUGGCAAACUCCUCAAUCGCCGGCAGCACAGGCAAAUCGAUCGCAUUCAAAGCAUAGUCGGCUGACUCAAGUUGGUCCUUUCAAGGGAUGCAUAGCCACAAACAGUUCACCUGUUGUCAAUUGUCACAUUCCGGAUCUUCAUUCCAUAAUUCUUGAUGCUGCACGUGAAAGUAAUGGUAAUCACUUCCAUCAUGUGAGCUUGGCUUCUACUGGUCAGUCGAUAUUUAGUACCAAAUUUGUGGUUGCUCUUCCUGAAACCCUAAGUGCCACUGCUUUAGCACUCCACUAUGCUAAUGUUAUUAUUGUUAUUGAGAAGCUAGCAGCAUCUCCUCAUUUGAUUAGCCAUGAUGCCCGAGACGAUUUGUACAGCAUGCUACCAGCAAGUGUAAGAAUCAUGCUAAGGCAAAAGUUGAAGCCAUAUGCCAAGAGUUUGGCGCUAGCUGAGUAUGACUGUGUGCUUGGGAGUGAGUGGACUGGGGCUAUAUCUUCAAUAUUGGAAUGGUUGGCCCCUCUUGCUCAUAACAUGAUUAGAUGGCAAUCCGAGAGGAGUUUCGAGCAACAGAACUUUGUUUCUAGGACAAACGUUUUCCUGGUUCAAACUCUUUUCUAUGCUAAUCAAGAGAAGACUGAAGCCACAAUUGCAGAGCUUCUAGUUGGUCUGAAUUACCUCUGGAGAUCUGGCCGGGAACCCGACGCGAAAGCUCCUAGGGAGUGUGCUACUAGCAGAACGUUUGAUGAGUAUUUGGAGCUCGGCGAGUAGUGUCUUUUCAUACUUCUACACCGGCGAUUAUUGCAGAACUGGGCAGCUCCAUCAGACUCAUCCUUUGUAACAUGCAAAAUGUCUAUGGUUUUGGAUGAGAUUUCUCCUUGCUUAGAAGUUUCCCCACAUCAGAGCACAUUCUUAGCAAGAUGGACGGCAUAGUUUGAGGCACCACCCUCAUUUGUGAGCGAAAUUUUUUCCUCUUUCUGCAAUCGUAAAGGGUGGCGACUCCUGUAUCCCCUUCGUCUGGUUAGUUUAGUCUAGCCUCACUGAUUAAGCUUUUAACGCGAUGGUUUGUGUAAUCUUGUUUUCCAGCAGUGGCUGUCUAUAUAAACUGUAAAAAUGUACCAUAUAUGGUCUUCCAUUCAUGUAUAGAUAUGGCUGGGUUUUUGGAAUGAGCUAACUGGUAUUACGUAGUAACUGAAGAUGAUAUAGCACCCAUGUUAUGCUGCUGAAGUUUCUCACAUCCCCAUUUUAGCAUGCAGCAACUUCUCCUGGUAACAGGGGAUUGGCUCUUCUCUUGACAAUGUAUUUGAUCAUGGUGUGCUCUCUUCUUUCCCUUCGCUUAAGCGAGGAUUUUCGCGGCUGGGCUUUCGAGACUAAAACCAGGUAUACUGAAGACUACUGUGAAAAUUCUCAUCUCUUCCCAGCUGUUUCAGGCCUGCCACAAAAUGGUUGCCUCAAGGGGAAAUAAAGUUUAGGUAUAUCUGGUGGCAAGAAUUGACCUUCAUUGUCAGCUUCUAUUUGUUUUCAGGUUCGCCUGUCUACUUCCCAUUUUGCAAUGGAGCUUUCACUGGCAGAUCCUUUUGUAUUUUUGUGGUUUUGGAUUGGUCAUGAUUAGGUACUUGAGUUUUGGUCGAAGUUAGGGUCAUAGUGAGAUGAAAGAAAUUGUUUAUAGUUCUGUUUGGAACUUUGUUUCUUUUCUACUCCAGUUGCAAAUCUGCUAUUGAAUGUCACCAUCACCCUAAUUUUACGCUGAUGAUCAUGGAUUGCUAAAGCAUAUAACUAUCAGUUAUCUCCCUGAACUAGAUAAGGAAGAUUGGAGGAGAAUGAAAACCCUUAUUUAGAACAUAUUCUCAAAAGUCAACAGCUAGAUACCAAUCGGAAACUUUUAUAGACAACUAUAGUAGUACAUAGAGAAAUGGACGAUGGUCGGCAAAUAAUCGAAUCAUCGAUAUGAGAGUCUUUUUUUGUCAUGCAACGGACAACACUUUGAUAGCUAUACCGCAUGGACAAUGUCCAUGAUUCCUACCCUGUAAUGGUUCAUGGAGCAUAUGGGUUGAUUAGCAUGAAAGAGAAUUACAAGAUUUUCGUGGUAAUUUGAUCAAAAUGGUCAUAUAGGUUUGAGUCAAUAACAAGUGUAUCAUGAUAUAUAAACUUUGUCAUUCUUUUUCUGUCCAUCCAUAUUUUUACUAGAAGAUGCCAGUCAACUUGCUACGGGUAAGAAAUAAGUUUAAGAGUUGAUCAAGUGUAAUACUGAAUAUUUUAAUUUUUUGCGGUGAACCCACAAGACUGUUGCUUUACCCGGAUUAGAAUGUAACACAUUAGAGGGAGGACGAAUUCACAAAACAAAUGAACAAAUUGAUCGAUAUAAGAAGGAAAAGUGGAAAGCUGGGAAUGUAAUGAUGGCCCUCCUUGAUGGAUGUAUGUCGAUGCAGCUUGAUGAAUUAUUUUAACCCGAUACAACGUUUGGUGGGUUGAUUUGAGAUUUUUCAUUUGAUCGCUCGAGUAAGGAGUGUAAAGUAAAUAUCAUUAGUAAGG